AUGUCGAAAAUCUCUGUCGCCGGCGUUCGUUCGAACGUCAAGGAGCUCCUUGAGUACUCCAACGAGACCAAGAAGAGGAACUUCCUCGAGACCGUCGAGCUCCAGAUCGGCCUCAAGAACUACGACCCCCAGCGUGACAAGCGUUUCUCUGGAACCGUCAAGCUCCCCACCGUUCCCCGUCCUCGUAUGGCCAUCUGCGUCCUCGGUGACCAGCACGAUAUCGAUCGUGCCAAGCACCACGGCGUCGAUGCCAUGUCCACCGACGACUUGAAGAAGCUCAACAAGAACAAGAAGCUCAUCAAGAAGCUCGCACGCAAGUACGAUGCUUUCAUGGCUUCCGACGCCCUGAUCAAGCAGAUCCCCCGUCUCUUGGGUCCUGGUCUGUCCAAGGCCGGAAAGUUCCCCACUCCCGUCUCUCACGCUGAGGACCUCGCCAACAAGAUGACCGAGGUCAAGUCCACCAUCAAGUUCCAGCUGAAGAAGGUUCUCUGCAUGGGUGUCGCCGUCGGCAACGUCGGCAUGACCGAGGACGAGCUGAUCGGCAACACCAUGUUGGCCAUCAACUACCUCGUCUCCCUGCUGAAGAAGGGCUGGCAGAACGUGGGCUCCUUGACCAUCAAGGCCACCAUGAGCCCCCCCAAGCGCCUGUACUAG